AUGUUUUCACGACCUGUUGUUAGAGCUUCAAGGCUUUACUGCCGCUGCUAUGCAACCUCUACCAGUACUCCUCCGCCUAUGCUCUUGAAGAUCAGGAAUGAUAUGAAGACUGCCAUGAAAAAUAAAGAUACGAAUCGACUUUCCGUCCUUAGAUCACUCCUCAGCCAAACACUCAAUGCCUCUAAAACAUCCUCACCUAUUAAUACCGAUAUGCAAAUGUUAGCUUUACUCCGGAAAUCUGCGAACGCAAGUCGGGCUGCAAGUGAAGAAUUUAAAGCAGCAGGUAGAGAAGAUUUGGUGGAGAAGGAGGAACAACAAUUGAAGGUCUUGGAAGAAUAUGCCGGUGGUGUGGAGACAGUUGGUGAGGAUGAGAUCAGAAAUACGGUUAAGGAACUUGUGAAUAGCAUGAAGACUGAGGGUGUAAAGAUGCAGAUGGGAGAUGUAUUGAAAAGAGUCUUCGCCCCUGGAGUGUUGGGAGGAAAGAAUGUAGAGAAGGGAGAGGUUGCAAAAAUAGUGAAGGAGAUUAUGGCCGAAUCAUAA